UGCCCGUUAGCCGUGUUUACAGUGAUUUUCUUUGGCCGAGUGAAAUGUGAAAUGUGUAAAAAUGGCCGAGAAUGUGGAGUUAUUAUUUUUUGAUACGUUUUCGCACGAAAGUUGUGAGGAAAUAAAUUUGGACCUAGUACAAUUUCCCAAGCCAGUACUUCUGAGUGAAUUAAGAAUUAUUCCAUUGGGUGCCAGAGUUCAAGCUGAUUUUCCUGGUGGAGUGCGACUUGGAGCUACAAAUCCUUCGCAGUUCCGGAUCGAAUUUUUUGUCAACGAUCUUAGUAAGGCUCCUGGGGCUGCUGUCUUUGAAGCUCUCGGAGCUUUAGAUUAUAAUCAAAAUGGAAAUAUUAGAAUGGAACUAUCCCAUCGACCAAUUCCAACAGAUGGCUUGGUUCUCAGGGGUUGGUAUUCGACAAUCACGCUUGCAGUCUAUGGCUGCCUUACGAAAACAAUUCAAGAACAAGCAACUGUCAAUCAAAGUGCUCUUCCAUCAUCAACGAUAUCCACUAACCCUCGAGCACCCGGGCCAGAGGUUACGACCUCAGCAACUGCUGAAUGGGUUCAGCAGCAUGCCCAGGUGGGGACAACACCAGCUGAUCACAAUGUAUCCACUGAAAAUGAAGAAUUUGAAGGAAAGUACCCAAAUCCACCAACCACGCAUUACCCGUAUCAAGAAGAUUGGCCAUCAUCUGCUCCUGCAUCUGUUGUCAACCUGAGUGACGGAUAUAAUCACGUAAAAAAUGAGCCACCAUAUGAAAACUCACAAGCAGAGUGGAGUGAGGAUAAAGGAUUUUGGGAUGAGGAUAAAGACAAAGAAGCACGUCAUCGUGACAGGAUAUCCCCUCCAAUGGAAAUUAGUCGUGACCUAACUACAGACUUCCGAGAAAGAGGGUCUGACGAUGGAAGGCUUCGAGAUAGGGAAUACUAUUCAAGUAAGUCAAGUUCAUCACAGUUCGCACAAGUUCACAGUUCGUGGAUGGAAUGGGAGGGUUUGAGUAGUAGGAAACGGCCAAGAUCUCCACCAGUGCAACCUCGCACUCCGCCUCCUGAAGAUAGUAACUCAGGCUCCGUCAAGAAAGAAUGUAACUCUCCUGCCUUUGAAACGUUUUCUCCUGGAGACGUUGAAAGUAUAUCAGACGGAGAAAUCUCUGAGCCUGGAGAAAAUGAUGCUUUGAAAGAAGAAAAAACUCCACCGCCUCCUGUAGAAACCAUCACUCCAAAAGCUUCUCCACAACCUCCUGAAAUUGAUCUUGAGCAAAGCACCACUAACACAGAACAGUUCGAGCCAAUUCUCAGUGAUGAGGAUAUUCCGGACGAAAUUGACGUUCAGGACAUUGAUUUUGAAUUUGCUGAUUUCGCUGACAACCCACUAAAAGUUUUCAAUCCUUAUGCCUUUAUUGUUCAGCCACUCUCAUAUCUCUCUGACCCAUCAAUGUCAGAAUAUGAAUGGAAGGUCUCUCAUUGCUCUGAAGAAUAUUUAAAAUUCAAAAAAGUGCCUGAAGCAACACAAUUAGAGGAAGUUUUCAAUAACUGUGAUGAUUUUAGUGAUUGUAAAAAAGAAUCUUGGGUUAUCGGUAUUGAAAAAUUAGUACCAUUAAUUCCCAAAGGACUACCGCACUCGGAAAGUAGAGAAAGUAUCAUUGAGACUCUGAUUUCAUGGGUAGACACAGGAUUAAAUUUUGAAGAUGCUUUAACGCAACCUCAACCUGCCUUUAAGAUUAGGCACAUAAAGGCAGGACUGAGACUAGCUGAAGUUUUAUGCAAAUGUAGUGAACAAAUAACACUAGACUUGAUUGAAAGAAUUAGCCUGCAUCGAAAAUUAAUAGACUUGUAUCACAUAGAAUAUAUGGCCCUCUCUAUUAAGUUAAUGAUCCUUCGAACUCUAGAUUCAAGUCUCCGCUAUAAAAGUUGCGUUGAGCUAUUUCUGAACUCAGAAAUAUUUUCUGUCAAUGAUGAAAAUAUGAAUGAGAAUGUAAACGGAUACGUAAAAAUUGUUGACAUGAUGCAAAGAGAUCAACUGGCCCGUGUUAAAUUUGCUCUUGCAAGUCUUCUUCGAAAAUUUCACAUUUACGAAAUCUUAUCUGAAUUCAAUCAACUCAUUUAUAAUUAUGAUAAAAAACUAAAGUCCAAGGAUGGUGAUACACCCGAAGAGUUUGAUAUGAAUUUAAUUUCUAUUUGUUUAGAAGAGAUCAUCAAGUAUUAUAAGAACGCUCAAACUAUGAUUUCACAUCCUAAAAGGUUCCUACCUGUGCACUCUCAGUUUGAUUUUGGUGCCACAUUUUCCUGCCCAGAACCUUAUGAAACUUUAUUUACUUUUUUCAAAAGCCAUCUAUUAAUUGAAACAAUAGUAUUGAUUUUGAAUUCUCCAGAAAUGGCAAGUGAUUGGUCACUGUUGUUACUCAUUCAAGAGUUUAUUAGCAGUUUAAUUGAAACACCAGAAGGGAUGCGCUUUUUGUGUUCAUCUAUUGAUACCAUCAAUCCAAUAAUUAAAAUUUUGAUCGGCACCACAACUCCACCAACGGUAGAUGAAAAUGAGGUUGUCUCACUGGGCAUCAAUAUCCCUUUGGGACUGACUUUGGUCUAUCGGCUUCAAGCUCUAAAUUACACCGAUAUCCUCUUUAAUUUUUGGGAGUACCAAAGCGUUAUGAAACUGGAUCCUGAUAGCUCAGAAAUCCUUGAUAUUCUUCACAACUUACAUUGCCUAACGAUGCAUCCUAUUGGUAAAAGUGCAGUCGUUUUCAUCCUGUCUCGUUGCGAUUACAUACAGCCAGUUUUGAAUUUUCUGAAAUUUCACACGAAGCCAGAGGACACAACUAACUCAAAGAAGAAAUCUCCGUCUAUUCUCUAUGCAAGCGAUUUGAUCUCAACAGUCGUCAAAUUUUCAGACUAUGUGCCGUUUUUGCGAAAAUAUGGCCCCGAAUUAUGUGAUAUGAUAGCAAAAGAACCUCAAUUGCCAGAACUUCAAGCACUCGUUCCAUGGCUGAAACCAUCUCAGAACUAUUCAUUGUUUCACUACGAAGACAUCUCCGACCUUUGUGAAUUAGUGAAAAAGAAUUUAGACAGUUGUACAUCUCAACCAGGAGAGUUGAUCACAGGGCUGCGAAUUCUGCGCCAACUUGGCGUGCAAACUAACGACAAAGAUCUCCAUGAGGUCAGUGAUCCUUUAAAAGAGGAGUAUGUUGAGUCUAAGUACAAAUAUGUCAUAUUGCAACUUUACUCGUAUGACGGCAUGUCUUUUUUAACAUCAAUACUCCAAAAAUUCAUUGAGCACUAUGAUGAGCCUUACCUAAACUCUCACAAAUUUCUUCAAGGAAAUAGCGUGUUAGUUCUAUCGAUUAUCAUGCCGUGUGUUCAAUUACUACGCCGAAUGUUAAUAUAUGUCAUUCAGUGCCAAAACACAGACUUCAAAGAUCUUACAGCCAUCCCAAUUCUCCUAUCUAUUUACAAUCUAAUGUGCUUUGUCCCCGCAUCAUCUCAUGCAUAUUUUGAAGCUCAAAAAGUGCGUAAAGACAUAGUUGAUACAUUGCUAGCUUAUACGUUGCCUAUCUCAAACGAGACAUCGUCUGAGUCGGAAGCUUUGAAUAAAAGUCUUUGGACAUCGAUGAUAAAGGAAGUGAUAAAAUUUAUCACUGCCAGCCCAUACACAUUCCAAAAUGGACUACUUAUCCUUUCAGAACUACUACCUCUACCGCUUCCGAUACAAACCAAAGAAUCUUUGUCAGAAAGUGAAAUCAGCCGAAUUGUCAACUAUCGAAAACUAUGGUCAGCUCACCUGCACUCUCUAAGUCAGUUAUUACAAGACCUCAUUGUCACUCUAUGUGAAUCAAGUUAUCAACCUCUGUUGCAUAUCCUGCGAAAAAUCUGUGUUCAGCUCUCGGACCUAGCAGCGCCAACUGCGUUGAUUGUUGUUCGGAGCAUAUUAGAUGCUCUCUUUUCUAGUCUUUCAUUAAACCAGAAUGUUGCACCUGUUACACCCCGCACAGUGCGCUUAUUGAACUUUUUAGCUUGUCUGUUAACAUACCCAUGCGUCAAAGUGGCGUUCCUCCAUCUGACAGUAAACAACGCCUCUGUCCCAAAAUCAGAAGAGAAAUUCCUGACUUUGAUGGAUACUCUUUGCCAGAUCAUUUCAACGCCUUCAGAUGAUGUGAAUCAUCUACAAGCUCAAGAAUGUGUCUUAUCUAUGUUUCAAGCUUUGUGUUGUGCAGAUAUAACGCUAUUACCACGGUUGAACGAUCCAUCGCUAACGCUAAGCAUCGAAACAUAUUUAAGUAACUCGUUACCUCCAAAACAAACUCUAGUACCAAUGUGCCUUGCUUUACUGGAUCAUCUGUCUCUUAAAGAGAAUAGUCUCACUACUACUCUUCAAAUAUUGAGAAUACUCUUGACAUUAAGUGAGCAUGACUUCGGUAUUUAUCAUCUGAAAAAUUGUUUUGAGAGUAAGAACAAAGCUGUGUUUUGUGUCCUCACGAAACUUGCUGAGUGUUGGAGUAAAAAUAUUCUGGAGUGUGUUCCGAUUCUGAUGGUGCUAAUUGAACUUUUCAAAGAACUUUCAACCCCUGUCGUAGAGGUCAAGAGUGAGAAUGAUGAAGGCUGUGGUUUGCUCAGUUUAGGUCAUUCGAUAACUUUGUCUCCAAAGGAGAUUGCAGAACUUUGCCUCUACAAAAGACCAUCUGAAGUCAUCAAAAUGGAAGUUAAUGGAGAUUCAGAAGUCACAGAAACUAAUGAUAUUCAUCCUUUUCAUCAGUUAAGCAGUAUUAUAAAGGCAAAUAAUGCGGAUCUGGAAAACUUUCCUGGUGUAGAGCCCAGUUUUUCAGAGUUCAUGAAACUUCUAGAUGAUAGUGAAAUAAAACCACCCGAAAAGAAAGAACCUAUCGUAGAACCAAUUCUACCUCAUUGCGAUCCAAUUUUGGUUCAGUUUAUGUCUCGUCCUGUAUCUGUGAUGCUCGGUAGUGUUGAUGACGACCGAUUAACUCCUGCCUAUUGGCUCUCUGCGCCACCUGUGUCGGAAGAGGCUGACCAAGAAAUGGAGCAGAUCCCUUGUGAUAUUUUGGAACUAGCAAAAAAUUGUUUUCCGAAAAUGAAUUUCCUAGAAGAGUUAGAAAAUCUUUGCAAGUCGAAAAUCAGCUCUACUGAUGUUGACCAGUCACCAACACUUAAGAAACGGGCGAAAGAAAAACUUCAAAGCUCAAGUGUUGGCUCAACACCCACCUCAACAUCUGCAUCUUCAAGUUCACCUGCGGAGACAAAAGCAAAGAAACCCUUUGUUACACCAAUGCGUGGGAGGGGUGCUUCGACAUCUCGCUCCUCUUCGCAGCAGCAGAGAGGGGAUUUAUUUAGAACGAGACUCCCAAACACAUCACGACCUCCAUCACUUCACGUCGAUGACUUUGUUGCUCUGGAAACUUGUGGUCAGCAGCCUACCGGACCAACUGGCUACAAUAAAAUGUCAAUGCGAGCUGCUCAGGAUCUUCGAGUGCGAGGACGAGCCAGAGCGUUCGGAUUGGACAGAGGUGCUAGGUUUUUUGGAGCUCUUUCUUUUCGACCAAGACCAGGUUGGCAUCAUUUAAUGCCAAGACAAGAAGGAGGAGGACCAUCAGGACAGCCACCGUUGCCACACGCAUUUCGAGGACAUGAACCGCACCUAAGGCCACCUUUCAGAGGAGGGAGAUCAUUGUGGGAACAAAGACCGUUCCCUCCACCUGGAAUGAGAGGUGUUCUUUCCCACCGCUCUGACGCACGCCUGUUACGUCCAUUCCCUAGGUAGGGGUACCCUUGGGUGGGUCACCCCAGCACAAAAAAAACCAGCCUCUAAUCUAAAUAUCUUGCUCACGUCAUACGAAAGAAAGAUUUUUAUAUUCAAUUGACUGUUUUCAUGUUUUGAUUUGGUCAUUUUUCUAACUGUAUAAAUGAUCUAAUCUGGUCCAGAAAAAUGUUCCCCUGAUUAUUGAAUUGUAAAUUUGAAUGAAACGAGUAGCUUUAGGCCUUUUAUUAUUAAAGAUCCCCACCAAGCAACAGAGCAAACUCUGCAUAGCUAGAUGACACCUGCAGAGAAUUUUUUCUGCCUCCCUUUUUGUAAUCAAAAAAUGAUUUUUUUCUCCACCUUGAAAGGUAUAUUUUAUGUUAUAACUUUUUUUAAUGGUGGAAAUGUACAGUGUUGUGUUUUGAUUUUAUUCAGUCACAUGUAGAUACUAAUUUAUUUUUUGAAUUUUUGUUAAAGAAUUGUGAAGAUUUGUGAAUAAAAGUAUAAAUCUUA